AUGAACCCUGUAGAAACGUUCCUCGACAAGCAAUUGAAUCCGUCGAGUCAGCAACGGCAGGGGUGCUCCCCCGACCCUCUUUUGCCCUCUCUUGCCUCUGCUGCUGCUGUCGACCUCGUUGGCACCGAGUCGGUUGGCAUUGCGUCUGCUCCUAGUGGGAGGCGCCGCAGCGGCAGGAGCAAGGGGGGCAAGGUGCUGGAGGGGAUGGCGGGGGCGGCGGUGGUGGCGGUGGAGGCGGCGGAGGGGGUGGGGGUGGAGGUGGGGGUGGUGGCGGGAGUGGGGGCUUUGGUAGCGGUGGUGGAGGUGGAGGCGGCGGAGGCAGCGGUAGUGGGGGUGGAGGUUGUCGGAUCCUCACCACUCCCUUCUGCCCUUGCAAUCCUUGCUCCUUUGGCUGCCUCCCUCUCUUCCAGUACCACCCUCUCCUUGUCUUACUCCUGCUCUCGUGCUUCCCUCCUGCCCCAUGUCACUGAUGCUCUCAUGCUCCCCUCCCUCCCCUAA